CAGGCAGAGAGUGCUGCCUGUCCUGCCAUGAGCGCCCACAGGGAGCGGCAGCUGGGCAGCCUGACCGUCUUCAACAAGGAGGACUUUGAGGAUGACUGGGUGAAGGUGGCCAGUGGAGGCUUUGGGCACGUGUACCAGGUGAAGCACAGGAGGUGGAGGACAGUUUAUGCCGUGAAAUGCUCCCCGUACCUGCUGCAGGACUCCGGCAUGGACAGGACCAGUAUGAACUGCCUCAUGGAGGAGGCGACCAAGAUGGAGAAAAUCAAAUUCCAGCACAUCGUCACCAUCUACGGGGUCUGCAACAGCCCCCUGGGGAUAGUGAUGGAAUACAUGGCCAGGGGGUCCUUGGAGAAAAUCCUGCCCACUCACAAAAUGUCGUGGCAGCUCAAAUUCCGGGUUAUCCACGAGAUGGGCUUGGCUAUGAACUUCCUGCAUAGCAUGACACCCCCUCUGCUGCACUUGGACCUGAAACCAGGGAACAUUCUCCUGGAUGGGAAUAUGCACGUCAAGAUCUCAGACUUUGGGCUUUCCAAAUGGAUGGAGCAGUCCAGCAGGAUGCAGUACAUCGAGAGCUCUGCUCUGAGGGGCACUUUGAGCUACAUCCCCCCCGAAAUGUUCCUGCAGAACAGCAAACCCCCAGGAAUCAAAUACGAUGUGUACAGCUUCGGCAUCGUCAUCUGGGAGGUGCUCAUGCAGAAGAAACCCUAUGCAGGAGCCAACAUGAUGGCCAUCAUAGUCAGGGUGGCGGCGGGGAAGAGGCCUGGGCUCGAGCUCAUCAGCGACGACUGGCCUGGGGAGUGCCAGCAGAUGGUGGACCUGAUGAAGAGGUGCUGGGACCAAGACCCCAAGCAAAGGCCAAGCUUUUCAGAUAUCCCUGUGGAGACAGACAUGCUGCUGGCACUGAUACAGAGCCUGGUGGUGGACCCGGAGAACGAGCGCCUGGUCAGGAAGAUGUCCCACAAACCUGCCAUCUCUGGGAACCAGCAGAGUGACAAAGAGGAGUUCACCUUCCCCCGAGACACCAGGAGUGAUGAAACGGAUAACCAGGAGGUUCCUCUCCCACCUCCCUACAGCGAGGCUGAGAGCCCAGAGGAGAUCCUGUCCGAGGAGAUCUGCAGGGUCCACGAAAACGGGCUCACCCUCCUUCACCUCAUGGUGAUCCAGGGCAACGUGGAGAAGGUGAAGUUCCUCCUGGGCUGCAAGGCCAACGUGAACAGCCAGGUGGGCUGUGGCUACACCCCGCUGAUCAUGGCCGUCCAGAAGAGGCUGCCCGAGAUCUGCUCCGUCCUCGUCGAGCGCGGCGCCGACCCCAACGUGCCCGACGAGGACGGCUGGACCCCCCUGCACUUCGCCGCCCAGAACGGGGACGACAGGACCGUCCGGCUGCUGCUGGACCACCAGGCCCGCGUGGACGCCCAGGAGCGCGACGGGUGGACCCCCCUGCACCUGGCGGCGCAGAACAACUUCGAGAACGUGGCGCGGGUGCUGCUGUCCCGCCAGGCCGACCCCAACACCCAGGAGGCGGACGGGAAAACCGCCCUGCACGUGGCGGCCUGCUUCGGCCACGUGGGGCUGGUGAAGCUGCUGGCCAGCCAAGGGGCCGACCUGGAGAGGAAGCAGAAGAACCUCAGGACCCCCCUGCACGUGGCCGUGGAGAGGGGCAAGUUCAGGGUGGUGCACUACCUGCUGAAGAACGGCACGAGCGUGAACAGCCUGGACCAGAACCACUACAGCGCCCUGCACCUGGCCGCCGUCAGGGGCAAGCUGCUCAUCUGCGAGAAGCUCAUCAAGCACGGGGCCAACGUGGAGCUGAGGACGGACAAGGGCUGGACCCCCCUGCACUUGGCCUCCUUCAAAGGGCACGUGGAGAUCAUCCGGCUGCUGCGGCGCAGCCGCGCCCGGCUCAGCGCGCGGGGCAGCGCGGACUGGACCCCCCUGCACUUGGCCACCCGCUACGGCGACGAGCCCGUGGUGCGCGAGCUCCUCAGGGGCGGCGCGGACCCCAACGUGCCCGAGAGGUCGGGCUGGGCCCCCCUGCACUUCGCCGUCCUGAGGGGCUCCUUCCUCACCGUCAUCAACCUGCUGGAGUGCGGGGCCGACGUCAACGCCAGGAACAAGGUGGGCUGGACGCCCCUGCACCUCGCCGUGCUCAAGGGCAACAUGGCCAUCGUCAAGACCCUGAUCAAGGCUGGGGCGCUGCUGGACGUGGAGGACAUGACUGGCUGCACGGCCCUGCAGCUGGCAGUCAGGCACCAGCGGGAAAACGUCAUCACCCUGCUGCAGGGCCACGAGCCGGGGCUGAACAGGCCGGGCAGCAGGACUCUGGUGAACGAUGCGAAGGUUUCGAGACCCAGACUCGUUCCGGGAAGGACAGAUUUGUAAAUUCAUCAGCCCUGGCACUUAUGACUCGAGUUUCCCAGUGUCAGGUGGUAUUCCCUAAAGCACCUUGUGACUUUGAGCACCUGGUGACUACUUUCCUUUUUUUUUUUUUUAAAUGGAAGUUUCU